GUAUCACAGGAAGAGAUGACCUUACCGUGGGUGCAACUACCAGUGGAAGAGUGAAUUUUUACCCCUGGACAAUAGAUAAUAAAUAUUACUCUGCAGACAUUCACCUCUGUGUAGUGCCAAACACAUUUCAUGUUACUGGAGAGAUUGCUGAAGCUGUGCAAGCAUUUGUGGUGUACUUUGACAGCACAAUAAAAUCUGGACUGGAGAGUGUCUCUGAAUGGCUUCCUCUGACAGAAGAGUGGUUACCAGAAGUCAUGAUCCUGGUUUGUAACAGAGUAUCUGAAAAUGGUAUUAACAGACAGAAAGCUCAAGAAUGGUGCAUCAAGCAUGGCUUUGAACUGGUAGAACUUAACCCUGAGGAACUGCCUGAUGAAGAUGACGACUUUCCAGAGUCCACUGGAGUGAAGCGAAUCGUACAAGCCUUGAACGCCAACGUGUGGUCCAACGUGGUCAUGAAGAGUGACAGGACCCAGGGCUUUGGGCUGCUCAGUACAUUAGCAGGUGCCAACUGCAGCAUUGGGUCAGAAGACAACCAAGAUCCAGAAUCCAGCCCAUCUCCAGCAGAGAGGGGAGAGUCCCCUCUGGGCAGCAGAGAGGAGGGACCGAGCGCAGACAGCCCGCAGGGUGACGACGUGGUGGAUCCCAUGUUGGAUAUGGACAUUCAGGAGCUGGCCAACCUCACCACCAGAGAUGGUGACCUGGAGAACUUCGAAAGGCUCUUCUCAAAGCUGAAGGAAAUGAAAGAUAAAGCUGCAACCUUGCCUCAUGAACAGAGAAAGCUGCACGCCGAGAAGGUGGCCAAAGCCUUCUGGAUGGCAAUUGGAGGAGACAGAGACGAAAUUGAAGGUCUCUCCUCGGAUGAAGAGAACUGA